AUGAAAGUUAUUUGUUUAGUUUUAUUAAUUUUCAUCAAUAUAAUAUCAAUUGGAGCAAUUGAUAUUAUGUGUUUUGUUGAUUAUUCGACAGGAGGACCAUGUACUCCAACUUCAACAUUCCAAGCAACUUGCUCAAAAAUUUCAGAUUGUAAUACUUGGGCCUAUAAUACUGUACAUUCCAAUCCAAGUGUUGAUAAUACCUAUAUUUAUAUUCAAAAUACUGGCUCAUCAGGAUAUAAUAGAGAUUGUUCUGAAUUGACAUAUCUACCAGCAUCAAAUUCUAUUACAUUCCAAGUUUUGAAUGGAUAUACCGUUAUUGAUUGUCAAGGAAACAAAUUCUUAUCUCUAUCAAUGAACAAUUAUACCGAUAUCACAUUUUCAAAUAUUGGAUUCGCCAAUUCAAAUGCUAGAGGACAAGCCAAUCAAUAUGGUUUGUUUGAGUUGAGCCAUCCCAAAGCCGAAGCCAGUCCAACUAUUAGUUUUAUUAAUGCCAAUGUCAGUAAUAUUAAGAGUGUAAACAGUGGUGGAUUCCUCAGAGUCUCCAAUCUGGAUGUCAAUAUAGUUGGUUCAAACUUUACAAAUUGCUACAGUGCUAUGGAUGGUGGAGUUGUCAAGUCAAACGAGUUCUCUGACAACAGUGUGUACAUUCAAAACUCAAUAUUCACAUCGAACGGUGCCUAUCAAUUUGGUGGUUCAGUUGCCGCUCCAAAUGUCUAUGUUACAAACUCACAAUUCACUAAAAACUCUGUUAUCAGCUUUGGUGGUGCAAUUUAUACUACCAAUAUGUUUGAAUCUUCAUAUUCCUCAUACAUCUCUAAUCAAGCUGCUAAUGGAGGUAGUGUUUACGCACAGAUUUCCGUAAUUGACAAUUCAGUGUUUAAUUACUCAUCUGUAUCAAACGAUGGUGGUGCCCUAUAUACUUUCAACUCGACCAUUACCAACAGUAUAUUCUCUGGAAACUACGCAAAGAAUGGUGGUGGAUCUAUUUUGGCUUACUACAAUAUCAGUAUGGAGAGUACCACUGUUUUGAACUCAACCGCUGGAAUAUCAGGAGGUGCUUUAAUGGCUAACAGUGGAAUCAAUAUUGUCUAUUGUGAUUUCGAUUAUAACACCGGAGGUUAUGGUGGUGCCAUCUAUGUAGUCAAUGCUUAUACAGAUGCCAACAUUCUUAAUGCCAGAUUUAGAGGAAAUACCGGUGACUAUGGAGGUGCAAUAUAUGGAGUUGGAUAUUCAUUCUCUUUUAUGUUAACUGAAUUCAAUAAUAACAUUGCUCACUACAGUGCUGGUGCAGUUUACUUUUACUUUACACCAGCCAAUUUUGACGGUGGAUACUAUAUCAAUUCAACAUCUGCCGCUAACUCUACUGUUGACCAAACAUUCAAUGAUGAAAUUCUAGCUGGUAACCAUGUCUAUGUACCAAACAAUAUAUUUACAAAUGGAAUCGAAUAUUAUACACCAUUAGUACAAGAUAGAAGUAGUAAAUAUGCUAUGGCAUAUGGAAUCACUGGUCAAUGUGUAAAUGGUAUUGCCGAGAUUAAUGUAGCUGGUGUUGUUGCACAAUGCCAAUGUUUCAAAGGAUACAAAGGUCCUGCUUGCAAUCAACGUUCUAGCUUCAAACUAUCAUUAGAUAACUAA